CACACAUGGGGGAGGCUGACCCCCUCAAGCUGCCGUCCCCCAACGCCUCCCUCUGGUGCCCCCCAGAUCGCCCUGGGUGAGAGCUACCGCAUCUACGCCCUGCGCCUGGGCUCCCGCGCCUUCGUCUCCAACCCCUACGUGGCCAUCCUCUACAAGGAGAUCGGCGCCUUCCUGUUCGGCUGCACCGUGGGACAGUCCCUCACCAACAUCGCCAAGAUCACCGUCGGCCGCCUCCGCCCCCACUUCCUGGCCGUCUGCCGGCCCGACUUCGCCCUCCUCAACUGCUCCUGGGGCUACGUGGAGAAGUACGCCUGCACUGCCAGGCCCUCGGAGGAGCAGGAAGCCCGGAAGUCCUUCUACUCCGGCCACGCCUCCUUCGCCAUGUACAGCAUGACCUACCUGGUGUUCUACCUGCAGGCGCGGUUCACCUGGCGCGGUGCCCGGCUGCUGCGCCCCCUGGUGCAGUUUGUCCUGCUGCUUCUGGCCCUGUACACCGGGCUCACCCGCAUCUCCGACUACCGGCACCACCCCUCCGACGUGGCCGUGGGCUUCCUGCAGGGGGCGCUCGUGGCCCACUGGGUGGUCUUUGAAUCUCUCCUGAGUGGUGGCCCAAGUGCCCAGCUGAUGACGGACACUGGCCAAGGUGUGACAGCAGGAGGGCUGAAGGCGGAGAGCAACCUCCUCUGUUCCACAUGGUGCCUGGGUUCAAUGAACCGUGUUCCACGGCCCAUCUUUGAGCUCCGAACACUGGCUCGCACGCUAAGACCUUGGAAGACGACACGCAACGGCACCGCCUACGGAGCACGGAUUGUGCCAACAGAAAACCCCCAGUCGUGA